AUGGGAAGCAUGCCUGAUUUACACAUUGUGAUUGUCGGUGGCGGCAUCGCUGGUCUCGCUACUGCCUUUGCUUUGAGACAUCCCAACAGACGCAUCACUGUGCUGGAGCGGUCCCGUCUUCUACGUGAAGUCGGCGCCCUGAUCUCGCUGCAGCCAAACGCAAGCAAGAUUGUCACAAAAUGGAAGCUCGACCCAUUUCUUGAGAGUGCAGAGCCCUUGGCAGACCGAGGAUUUAGAAUCUUUGACGCCGACGGCAACUUGGUCAGAGAGCUACCAUUCCAGAAAGGCCAGUUUGGCGCUGAGCGCUUGCUCUAUCACAGACAAGACUUGCAGGCUGGUCUUGGAAAUGCGGCUACCAGCGAGACUGCCUACGGAAAGCCUGUAGAUAUCCGCACCGCUUGUCAAGUCGCGAGUGUCGACUGUGAUGAAGGCGUCGUGACUCUUGACUCUGGCGAGAAGAUCUACGGAGAUGUCAUCAUUGGUGCAGACGGUAUUCAUAGUGUUAUCAGAACAGCUGUUGUUGAUGAGAAGAGAGAUGCUCUACCAACUGGCACAUCAGCAUAUCGAAUGCUCAUCCCGACUGAAAAUCUCAAGGACAUCACACUGCCCGAAAAGAUCUUGGAUCUUAGUGAUCCCAAAACAACAAUGAUCAUGGGCCACGAUCGAAGAAUAAUUAUGGGCCCUGGGCGUGGUAGCAAGAUGUACGGCAUCGUCGCUUUGGUGCCAGACGAGAAGCUCGCAGAAGAGAGUGCGGAUAGUUGGGUCGCUCCCGGCAGCAUCGAUAAGCUUUUAGAAGCGUAUGCCGAUUUCCCUUCGUGGCUACACGACAUCUUCCGAGCAGCACCAGAUAUCGGACUUUGGCAACUCCGCGAUAUAGAUCCUUUACCGCGUUGGGUCAAGGGACGAACCAUCUUGAUUGGUGACGCCGCACAUGCUAUGCUGCCCACCCAAGGCCAAGGUGCAUCACAAAGUUUCGAGGAUGCAGAGGCCAUCGUAUCGUUCUUGGCGAAUGUCCAGUCAAGAGAUGAGGUUGGCGCGGCUCUGGAAAGGGUCUUCGCCGCGAGAUACGACAGAGCGUCGUUGAUUCAAAAGUUCAGCAGAGAGCAGGCGAAGCCCGCAACAGAUGGUGUCAGCAAGAAGGUGAAUCUUGAUCCUGCUCAGUUUAUGAAGUACAAUUGCGAUUACGAUGGUGCUGAGGAUUGGGAAGUCCGUCAGAAGAAUGGCACUUCCAACCCAUGA